AUGAUGGACAGCCGCCUCCCCGAGCACCCGCACGCCCAGUUCGGAGGCAUGGUGGGCUUCCCGUACCCGCUGGGCCACCCGCACGUCUACGAGCUGGCCGGGCACCAGCUGCAGUCGGCCGCUGCCGCCGCCGCCGCCGCCUCGGUGCCCUUCUCCAUCGACGGAUUACUGAACGGCUCCUGCGCCGCCUCCGUGGUCAACCCGGCCCCGCUCAUCCCCUCCGGCUGCGGCGUCGGCGGCGACGGGCAGCCCUUCAAGCUCUCCGACCAUGCCCAUCUGAUGACACGCAGUCACAUCAGCAGUGGUGUAGUGGACCCGGGGCCCGCAGGGACGCUACCUCCAGCCCUUCUCACUAGCUGGGACUCCCUAACCCUGCUCAAGCUUCCUCUGAGUUUGGCUGCAAACUUCAUAGCAGCUGGCAAGGAAUGGAAAGCAGCAGCCAAUGUCCAGCAGCAGCCGAUGUCCUACGAAGCAUCAUGGGCCGGCUUGCUCAGCUACGGCAAUGACGAUCCAUUUCCUUGA